UUUAAAAAAAAUAAUCGAUUUAUAGAGUGAAGUGCAUAAAAUGCAAGCAGGGGGGCCGGAUAGCGUUGCGGUCUCGGAAGCCCCCAGUAGCGGGAGUGAGGAAUCCGAUUGCGAGCAGGGACCCGAGGCUGAUGCUGAUGCGGCGCUCACUGAGGAGUGGGCGAGAGAACUGCUGGUCGGUGCGGGCAUGGUCGCCCCGCAAGAGAUACGAGUAGAGUCUAGAGCAGGUGUUGCUGGUGCGCUUAGUAGAGUACUUGCCGUGACCGUUCGCUAUGAAAGCGCCGGGGAGCGUACAGCUUUGCCUCUCAUAGUCAAGCUACCGCCAAAGGACCCGUUUGGGAGACUAUUCGUUGCAGAAGCUCAAUUCGACACUCGAGAGAUUUUAUUCUACACUGAACUAGCGCCAGCAUUAAAUAGACUAGCAGAAGAAGCCUUAGGUCCAGGCGAAGGCCUACCAGUGCCACGGUGUGUGAAAGCUAGAUUACCAGAUGAAAUUGGUGGAGAUAGUGAGCUUGUUUUGGAAGAUGUUACCGCUGAGGGCUUUGAAUCUGCAGACUUUGCCGAGGGUUUAACUGUAGAUAGAGCUAGAGCCGCGCUGCAUGCUGCGGCGCGACUGCAUGCCCUCUCACUUGCUUUGCGAGACAGAGAAGGCCCACUGGAUCAAAGAUUUGACUUUCUGUUUCCGUGCGAGCGAGCCGCAGCUGGUUACCUACGUUUAGUCAGACGAGGUUUACCCCAACUUGAAGCAUUUCUCAGGGGACGCUCGGAUUGUAUCGAGGAAGCAGCGGCAGUAUCCGCGCUCAGUGCGCGAGCGCCUUCUCUUCUUGAAACGUUGCUCCGACCAGCUGAACCUGCACCUCUAGCUCAUGCAGACUUUUGGAGUGGUAAUCUCCUAUUUAGAGAAAGGGAUGGAGAAAGCGAAUGUAUUGCCCUCGAUUGGCAGAUGGUUUCUUUAGGAAGGCCGAUGGAUGACGUCGCCCUGUUACUUCUCUCAUCUCUAACGCCAGAAAUGAGGAGGGCAGCUGGUGAAUCUUUAAUAGAGGAUUAUGGUAAUCGUCUUGAAGCAGAAUGUGCAAGAUUAGGUGCCACGUCAUCAGGUACUAUAGUAAGACAGAGUUUGAAACUAGAUUGGCCUAGAGCAGCCCUUCGUGCUCUGUUACUGUGUGCGGGAAGUGUAGAUGUUGCGCUCGGGGAACCGAGAGCGGAAAGACGACUCCUUGAAGCCGUUCGAGAUUUAAACGCGCAAGGUAUUCUUGCCCUGAAAGCUGACUCAGAUGCGUGAGUUGGUACAUGUAUAACGACAAUGAGUGCCAAGGAAAUAUAAGUAUUCGAAGUUACAGUCACUGAUUAAGUCCAGUUUAAUAGCGUCUAGAAAUUUAUUUCGGUAUAAGCGCAAAAUAAUGUUUACGUAUUUGUAUGUUUUAAUUUAUGUAUAUUGUUUGUGUAGUGACAACGAUUGUUUUAACGGACGUUUCACAACCUGAAGGUGCGAAGCGAUGCCUAAACAAAGACUGAAUUUACUUAAUAAAAUCACGUCUAUGACAUACUAAAGUGUGGUAAUUAUUGUGACAAUUGCUCAUCGUAUCAAAUCAAAACGAACUUUAAUUUCGGUCUAUUGACUAUUAUUUAAAUUAAAAAUAAAUUAUUAUUGGUACUUA